AUGAUCAUUGAGAAUGCACGAGCAGGAAUGCUGAGCAACUUUGAAGUGCUCCGAUUACUAGAAGAACAACAAGAAAAACAAAAGGCAGCACAAGACAAUCCUAAUGGCAUUGGCGUACCCGAAAACUUACGCACAGUGCAAUUCGAGUUGACAGACUAUUUAAAAGGAACGCCAAGCAGUACGCAAGACGAACAACAGGUCAAGGAUUUCGUGGAGGCAAUGAAUUCGUACGAGCUAACGUUGGCGGAAAAAUUACAGCUGUUAAACUUGAGACCGAAAAGUGCAGUAGAAAUAUACCUUUUGAUCGAGGAGUGCGAAGAGCGGUUUUCUGAAGAUCAGUUGGAAGAGAUGUUGCAGACGGUAUUGAGCGUAUUACCGCGCGACGACGACUACGAGAUGGAAGAGGGAUACGAGGAGGAAGAAGGAGGAGAAGAGGAUCAAGCGUAA